ACUUUUAUAAAGAUACCUCGUUAAAAAGGCGAAAAUUGCAAAAAAAAAAGUACAAUCGGAAUAUAAAAAAUAAUCAAAAAUUGUGAAUGCUAUAACAGAGAAACCACUAGCUACAGUUGGUCUUGUUUAUAAUUAUAGAUAAUGCGCAUGUGUGUAUUGUUAUGUUUACCUGUGCAAAUGCCGAAUCUCUAUUGUGGGUUAUUGUUGACGGAUUAGUUUACCAUUAUUGUGAUUGUUAUAAACUUUUAAAAUGUCUACUUCAGGCUUCUCUUGCUCUGUUUGUGAAAAAUCAUUUGCAAUCCAUUCGAAUUUAAGGAAACAUGUAAAAUCACACCGUCCUGAUCAGAUUAAAGAAAUUGCUCCAUCUAAGAUAAAGAAUAAAUAUAAUUGUGAAUAUUGUUCGGAAAGUUUUAAAAACAAACGUCGUCUCAUCAAACAUCACAAGGCUCAUAACUAUGGAAAGAAGUGUCCUUUAUGUAAAGUUAUUGAUCUUAAACCAGCAUUAAUUCAACAUUUUACUUUGGUUCACAAUGUAGAUAUUAAUAUUGAACAUCAUGACUUUUACACAAUAGAAGAAUUUAAUAGCUGGAAGAAACAGAUAGAAGAAGAAAACUCAAUAUUCUUUAUGCAGGACCGUGGUGCAUUCAAAUCUGCUACAUAUACCCAGACAAAAUAUCAUUGCAAUAGGUCAGGAACAUAUCAAAGCAAAGGCCAAGGGUUAAGAUCUUUGAAGAUUCAAGGCUCAAUAAAGAUUGAUGCAUUUUGUCCUGCAUCCAUAAUUCUUGUUUAUAAAAAUGAUGUAUAUAGUGUUAAAUACACAAGUACACAUAUAGGACAUAAAAAUGAACUUUGUCACAUUAAACUUCCAGAAAAAGGCAAUUUGAUUAUGGCAGGUAAAUUAGCAGAUGGGUUGGAUGAAAUUGCCCCAAACAAAAUAAAAUAUCAGUGUGUUGCUUGUCCACAAGAAUUUCAUAAUUAUCGUAUCUUUAAAAGACACCUGGUAACUCACGGAAUUCAUUCAAUGCGGAAAGAAUUGCCCAAAUGUCCGUUGUGCGAUUGGAAAAGUAUAGAAAAAGAAUUAAUUAAGCACAUCAAAGAGAACCAUGACAUUGAUAUUAGAACUGAAAAUAAGGAGUUUAAGAGUAUGGAGGAUUUCCAGUGUUGGAAAAGAGAAAUCGAAAAAGAUACCUGUUUUACCUUUAUUAAUGAUAAUGGAAUUAUUAAAACUAUAGACCAUACGAAAAUAAAAUAUACAUGUCAUCGGUCAGGUACAUUAAAAUCAAAAGGUGUUGGUUUAAGGCAACAUAUGCCAAAUAAAAGAAACGCGUUUUGUCCUGCAUCCAUGGAGGUGACUAUCAAAGAAGGACGUUGGAAUGUUUUGUUCACUGAAACACAUAUUGGGCAUGAUGACGAUUCGGUUCAUUUGAAUGCUAAGGAUUUUUUAAGUGGUGAUGAAAUUAAUGUUAUUAAUUUGGAAGAUCCUGAGACGCUUGAACCAAUAAAGAAAAAAAGACGUACAGAAAUUUUAAGUCGUCACGAAAAUGUCGUUAUUGUCAAGGAAAAUUUUGAUACUCAAUUUAAGGCUGAUGCAAAUAAUAGUAAUAAAAUGGAAGAGUCUGAGACGCUUGAAGGAAUUCAAGAUAUUUUAAGUCGCUACAACAGUGUUGAGGAUAAUUGUGAUAUUUCUAUUGCGGAUGAUUCUAUACAAUUAGUUGGAGAAAACGUAAAAAACUCAAAGACGUUUGAAGAUGCGUUUGAAUUGUUUGUAAAUGAUACUAUGGAAUUGGUCGAAAAGCCUGAGACGCUCGAAGAACUGAAAGAAAAAAUGAAGAGAACUUUUCUUGAGGCUUUGGAUAAAGCAAUGACGUUUGAACAGUGCGAAUUGAUACGUAAAAUAAUAGCACCAUUGCAUCCGACGCUGGAUAAAUGUAUUCCAAAGGACGGGAUACAAAUAGAUUUAGAUCAUACGCCGACUAAAUGUAUUUCAGAGGAAGGAAUAGAAGAAUUGGAUUCUACCCCGGUAAUAUGUCUUUCGGAGGUAGGAACACAAACAGAUUUACAUCCUACGACGGCUAGAUGUAUUUCAGAGAAAGGAACGGUAGAAAAACUAUUGGAUCCUACGCUGGUUAAAAGAAUUCCAGAGGAAGGAAUAGAAUUCGCCUACUUUAGGCGAAUCAAUAAAUCAAUAUCAAAAGGAAUUCAUAACUGCUACUUUAGACGUUUUAAAAAAUCGAAUAAAUUAUGAUCAAAAGGAAUCUUCCAUAACGCUGAACGAUAAACUUAGCUUAUAAAUGUUUAUUUAUUAAAAACAAAAGCUAAUGUUUGAAAAAAAAUCAAUACAAUACAUUAUUUUCAUAAAAGUCAUAACUACAACUUUUUUGUUGUAAUAAAUUAUAUUUUAUAUAUUAAAAAACGUGUAAAC